AUGUCUCGAUUCUCUCGCUAUGAUACCGACGAAGAACGUCUCCCGGAGGGCAUGCAGAGAGUAGGCUACGAUGCUGACUCCCAGGUCUACACAUUCCGCGACGCCGACGGAAGCUUCUGGGAGAGCGCGCCAGGCAACCAAUACGGCCAGCUCACAAAGGUCGGCGAAGCGCGUCCAGAAGGCCAAGAGUCCGAGUCCUUCCUGGUGUCAAACCCGCAGUACCAUCAGCCCAAGAUGUCUUGGUUCACCGAGAUGAAGCCCUUCCUCAACUUCCUCAUGCUCAUCAUCCUAUCGAUGCUUCUCCUCUUCUGGUUCCUCGGCCACAAGUCCUCGCCCGAGGAACAUAUUCCUAUCCCGGAUUGUCCGGAGGGUACGGUUGCUUAUGGUGUUAAGCAGGGCGAUACGUGUUGGUCUAUCGCCAAGAAGGCGGGCGUGGAUCUUGAUGAGAUCUUGAAGAAGAAUAAGGGUGUUGACUGCGAGGCGCUCAUGAUUGGGGAUCGCAUUUGCGUGCCUGGCAAGAAGAGCGUUGACUGA